UGGAUUAAGCCUACAAGGAGGGAGCUUCAGGCUAGUUGCCAAGAGGACCUUCUGGCCGUGCAGACUGUCAGCCAGGGGAACAGGCUGCCCCACGAAGUGGCGAGUUCUCCUUCCCUGGAGGUCUUCAAGCAGCAGCCGGACGAUUCUGAACCUGCAGAUCUGUUGAAGGUAUUAGAUUUCCAUAAUUUACCCGAUGGCAUAUCGAAAACGACGGGCUUCUGCACAAACAGGCGGUCCUCCAAGGGAGCAGAUGUGGCCUAUCGUGUAACCAAGGAUGCCCAGCUGAGUGCCCCAACCAAGCAGCUUUAUCCUGCAUCUCCAUUUCCUGAAGAUUUCUCUAUCCUAACCACGGUAAAAGCCAAGAAGGGAGGCCAGUCUUUCUUGAUCUCCAUUUACAACGAGCAAGGCAUCCAACAGAUUGGUGUGGAGUUGGGACGAUCCCCAGUUUUCCUGUAUGAGGAUCACAUGGAGAAGCCGGGCCCGGAUAACUAUCCUCUCUUCCGGGGCAUCAACCUCUCGGACGGCAAAUGGCAUCGGGUCGCUUUCAGUGUUCAUAAGAAGAAUGUCACUCUGAUUUUGGACUGUAAAAAAAAGGUCACCAAGUUCUUGGACCGGAGCGACCACCCCAUCAUUGAUGUUAAUGGUAUCAUUGUCUUUGGAACAAGAAUCUUGGAUGAAGAAGUAUUUGAGGGCGAUAUCCAGCAGCUGCUAAUUGUGUCAGACCAUCAAGCGGCCUACGAUUACUGUGAACACUACAGCCCAGACUGCGACACGGCUGUGCCAGACGUGCCUCAUUCUCAAGAUCCAAACCCCGAUGAAUACUACCCGGAUGGGAAUGGGAACCUGGAAGGAGAAGGAGAAACUUACUAUUAUGAAUACCCCUAUUAUGAAGACCUCGAUGAUACAGGCAAAGCCGCCCCAACCACUGCCCAGCCUGUGGAAACUGAUGAGGUAGCCAGGGAAGUGACUGAAACCACUGAGAGCCUCACCCCUCCGCCCACACCCCCACUGGAGGUGGAGAAGACCCCGGAGGAGACCCCCACGGAAGAGGACGAUCUGCUGAUAGAUGAAUACAACUAUGGACCCAUUACAGAUGAGUACUACACGCCAAUCCCUUAUGAAGAUCUCAACUAUGAAGACCUUGACAAUUUUGAUAAGCUCCCAGAAGGUGGCAUUGAGGCAGAAGUUCCCACCAGCACAGUUAUCACCUACAAUGAAACUGAUAGCACACCAAGCACAGGAAGAGUAAGUGAAGGUGAAGAAGAUCCUGACAAAGACUUCUCUGUCACUGAGUAUGAGGAAGGAUACUAUGACGGUUACUUCGACAGAACGGAGUCUCCUGAUAUUGGACCUGGAAUGCCUGCUAACCAGGAUACCAUUUAUGAAGGGAUCAGCGGACCUCGAGGUGAAAAAGGGCAGAAGGGAGAACCAGCAAUCGUUGAGCCGGGCAUGCUUCUCGAAGGACCACCUGGCCCAGAAGGCCCAGCAGGACUUCCAGGCCCUCCAGGAACAACUGGGCCAGUGGGCCCAAUCGGAGAUCCUGGGGAAAGG